GUGUCAACGCCAUUAUAAUCUUGUUUUGCCAAGCGGACAUUCUUCAGCUAUCAGCAAAAGGCUAGCCAAACUUUAUCUCAUUUAAUCACUCUGGUUCCAUGAAAGGAAAAUCACACCCACCCACACUUUCCAUGAAAGGAAAAUCCCACCCACACCAGGAAAACAUGAAAGGAUCGAAAAUACCAUGUUAUACAGGGUGUCUAGAAAAAAACGCUAUGGAAAUUCGACAGGCUGUUCGUGCAUCACAAACGUGGCUAAACAAUUCAAUUUUACAGAGGACAAAAGAACAGUUAUUUAGCUUUUCAAUGAUACGAUACUCUUAAAUAACUGUUCUUUCGUCCUACGUAGAAAUUGAAUUGUUUAUCAAAGUCGAUGAUGCACGACAGCCUGUUGAAUUUCCAUAGCGUUUUUUUUGAGACAUCCUAUAUUUCGGCUGUUGAGAAAGAUCGUGAUGGCUUCAGGAAUUACAAUGUGCCCCCUGAAAAAAAUAAUUCAUGACAUCUCAAAUUUGUUAUUUUCACUCCAGAUGCGUACGCUAAGUCGCUGCUGACCUUUGUUCUACAAAAGAAAGAGAUUCUUCCAGUGCAUCUUCCACAAUUCGAGUUCGUGGAAGCGAAAGAAUGUGUUGUUGAAAAUCAAGGUAACUUUCUACAGGGUGCUUAUAUACUUUUCACUUGAAGCGUGAUGGGGUCAGUUACUAAGUGUGCACAAACUGUGGCUAUCAAGUUCUUUAUGCUGAAAUCCGGCACCCUUUAUAGUCACAAACCCUGGCUUAAGGUAUGCCGAAAUCCGGCAUCCUUUAUAGCCACAAACCCUGGCUAUAAGAAUGCCGAAAUCCGGCAUAAUUUAUAGCCACAAACGGUGAUUAUAUGGUGAUCUAUUUAAAGCGAAAUGCAAACGAUAACUUUUUCCAUUUUCAGAGAAGCUAAAAGUGAAACGAAUAAGUGUUGCUCUGAUCUUUAAGCGUCGCUCAGGAUACUACAUUCUACAAAUCUACAUUCCCUCAAUGUCACUGGUAUUCUUGUCUUGGUUGGUAUUUCUGAUGGAUCCCGCUGACAUUGCAAACCGUCUUGUCCUGGUUACGACUAUGCUUGUAUCAAUGGUGUUCCUACACACGCAAAUGAAUACGUCACUUCCGCCGGUGUCGUACGCAAAAGCAGCUGAUUGGUUCGUUCUAGUCUCCUUCGGAUUCAUAUUAGUUGCAUUAUUGGAAACUUCGUGGGUUUAUAGGACAUCCACCAGGACAUCCAAGAAGUCCAAGCCAAUGGUAGGUUGUUUCAGGAUAUUCUGGUUUGAUGGUUUCCUCCAUCAAUAAGAGAUGAUCCUUACUGGAGCUCUUUAGGAAGAACAGUUUAGAACUGAUAGAGCUAUCCAGUAUAAAUAAAGUUAGUUUAGUUUAGGUUUCCUCCUGUAGUAACACUGGAUCAAUAAGAGAUGAUCCUUACUGGAGAAUUGAUAGAGUUAUCCAGUAUAAAUAAAGUUAGUUUAGUUUAGGUUUCCUCCUGUAGUAACACUGGAUCAAUAAGAGAUGAUCCUUGCUGGAGCUCUUUAGGGAGAACAGUUUAGAACUGAUAGAGCUAUCCAGUAUAAAUAAAGUUAGUUUAGUUUAGGUUUCCUCUUGUAAUAACACUGGAUCAAUAAGGAAUGAUUCUUACUGGACCUCCAGGAAGAACAGCUUAGAACUGAUAGAGCUAUCCACUAUAAAUACAGUAGUCCUAGUUUCUCUGCUAGUUUAUGCAUAAUUAUAUAGUACAACUUACCGUUAUGAAUUUCUUUUCUUAAAACCUUUAGAAAAACUACAGAACGUCGUUUCAAUUAUGCAUGAGACAAAACGAAGACGAGAUAUCGGCCCCACACAAUCAGGAUAAAAAAUCGUCAAGUUUUGAACGAAAUACUUCCAGAAAAGAAUACAACAGUCUAUCAAAAGUUAUUGACAAACUUUCGCUAGUUCUAUUUCCACUCAUGUAUGGUGGAUUCAAUAUAUUCUACUGGUUUUACUUCAUGAAAUAAAUAAAAUAAAAUCAUUUUUAAAUUAAACAUAACCCUUUAUGCA